UGCGCUCGCUGGUACUGUGCGGCUUUGUUUUGGAUCCGCGCAGGAAGAGCGAUGGAGGAGGAAUUGGUAGCGCAGCUCGGCGUGUCUUCCCGAACCGAGAGAAAGGCACAGGAGAGAGCCCAGAUCCUACAGCGGGAGAACCAGAGGAAGACUUUUAAACUGGUGGCGAAGAUCCUGAAGAAGUCUGAGCUCGAGCGCACGGCGGAGGACGAGGCCGUGUUGCAGCUGCAUCAGGACACCGCGAGCGAGCUCUGCAAGCGGCAGACCCGCCGGAACUCUCUGAAGCGGAAACAGGAGGAGGUGACUGACAGUGCGGAGGAUCUCCGGGAUAAAGUGCGGGACCUGGCAGAAGCUGUCCGUCAAGCCAAGCACCUCGUGGUGUACACCGGCAUCAGCACGGCGGCGUCCAUCCCGGACUACAGAGGGCCGGAGGGGGUGUGGACCCAGCUGCGCCGGGGCCGCGCUGUGAGUUCAUUGGACCUGAGUGAGGCGGAGCCUACACUGACGCACAUGUGCAUCAGAGCGCUGCAAAGGGAGGAGCUGGUGCAGCAUGUGGUCUCUCAGAACUGUGAUGGGCUGCACUUGCGCAGUGGGCUCCCCCGACGCGCCCUGUCAGAGCUGCACGGCAACAUGUUCAUCGAGGUGUGCUGUUCCUGCUCUCCGGUGCGGGAGUUUGUGCGGCUCUUCGACGUGACGGAGCGGACCGCCCUGCGGAGGCAUCGCACGGAGCGGGCCUGCCCUCACUGUGGGGCGGAGCUACGCGACACCAUCGUGCAUUUCGGGGAGCGGGGCACCCUGGACCAGCCCCUCAACUGGACCGGCGCCGCCCAGGCAGCGGAGCGGGCCGAUGUCAUCGUCUGCCUGGGCUCCAGCCUCAAGGUGCUGAAGAAGUACACCUGUCUGUGGAGCAUGAGCCGCCCGGCGAGCAGACGACCCAAACUCUACAUCGUCAACUUACAGUGGACCCCGAAAGAUGACCUGGCGACCCUGAAGAUCCACGGGAAGUGUGAUGAUGUCAUGCGUCUCCUGAUGACGGAACUGGGCGUCCAGAUCCCUGCCUACGACAAGACAGAGGACCCUAUCUUCCUCCUGGCCACACCACUGAGACCGGAGGAAGAGUUCAGCCACACCCGUAAAGUCCUAGCUCCCCCUGCAGGCCUGGAGGAGCGCAUGCAGGGCUCCCAGGGCCAGGCAGGGGGGACGGUGGUUCAGGGAGGUUGGUUUGGGCGUGGCUACUCCAAAGGCACGAAGAAGAAGAAGAGGCCAUCAACUUAAAAAUCACCAGUCGGAUAUUAACAUCUGCCGACGAAAGUAUUACCCCAAACCUGCUGUAUUGUGC